UAGAAGAGCAGUGAUGUCACAAUCCCUUGUUUAUAAGAGCUAUAAAAGGGCCUUAAGCUCUGCUUCUUAGCUAAGGACUCCUCAAGCACAAGUGGUCUCCUUUCUUUAUUUUAUUUAAAGUUAAAAAUGAGCACCUCAGUUCUAGCACUCACUUUUUUUGUGUGUGCUCUCUUGGCACUGACAAAAGCAGGACUUCCACCGCCACAACACAGGUGCCGGUGUACAGAAACAGUGUCCAAGGAAAUCUCUGUUCAUAGAAUUAUGAAGCUGGAGAUUUUUCCACCUGGUGCUCACUGCAAAGAUACAGAAGUAAUUGCUACAGUGAAAUUCCGGAAGGAAAUGAUGUUGUGCCUCAACCCAAAUGAAAAAUGGGUUCAAAUGAUCAUUAAAAGAAGGAACCUAAACUCAUAGAAUGCUACUGCAAUGAAGACGGUUGAAGGAGAGGAAGAUAAAGAAGAUUUGUGGAAGCAAAAAUAUCUUGCAAUAUUUGUCUAUUUUUCGCUCAUUGUAUGAGUAUUUAUUAGAAGUAUUUUUAAUAUAUGAUCUGUAUAAAAAAAAAAAAAAGAAAAACAGAUUUCUAUUUUUAAAUGCAGCAAUUGUUUUACAUUUCACCAAUUCUUCUA